AUAUAGUUCAUUUAAAGUGAUUUAGGAUCAAGCCCAUGGCUCUUCGCUCUAAGCCUCAGCCCCUUCAGCUCCAGGCUCCCUAUGAAUGCACACUAAUGCUGUGUCCAGGAGUCCAGCAUGAAGCUCUGUGUCCUCUGUGUUGUGCUCGGAUGCUUCGCUUUAACGAAAUCUGCACCUGUGGAUCCGAGAAUCCGAUGGUGCUUAAAGUCAGAGCAGGAGGUUCAGAAAUGCAGACAUCUGGCUUCGAAGUCUGAUUUACUGAGUUGUGUGAAGCGUGAGGGAUCGAUGGGAUGCAUCAAAGCCAUCAAGAAAGGUGAAGCGGACGCCGUCACACUGGAUGGAGGAGACAUCUACACAGCCGGUCUCACACCUUACAACCUUCACCCCAUCCUGGCAGAGCAGUAUGGCACAGAUGUUGAGACCUGCUAUUACGCUGUAGCUGUGGCAAAGAAAGGAACUUUGUUUGGCUUCAAUGACCUUCGUGGGAAGAAGACGUGUCAUACUGGUUUGGGGAAAACCGCAGGCUGGAACAUCCCCAUAGGCGCUCUCAUCAAAAACGGACAGAUUAAAUGGGCUGGCAUCGAUGACAAACCUGUGGAAGAGGCGGUGAAAGAAUUUUUCCCAGCCAGUUGUGUUCCUGGAGCGAUCAACACGUUGCGACUAUGCGAAUUGUGUAAAGGCGACUGCUCGCGCUCUCACAAUGAGCCGUAUUAUGGCCACCAUGGCGCUUUCCAGUGCCUGAAGGAUGGAGCUGGAGAUGUGGCCUUCGUGAACCACCUCACAGUGCUUACUGGUGAUAACGCCAACUACGAGCUUCUGUGUAAAGACGGCUCCCGGAAAAGAGUGGACGAGUUUAAAACCUGCAACCUGGCUCAAGUCCCUGCAGAUGCUGUGGUUAGUCGUAAAGACAAAGAACUGGCCAAGCGAAUCUUUGACGUUCUUGAUAAACUUAAGGACAAAGGUCUCUUCUCUUCUGAAGGCUUCUCCGUGAAAAACCUGAUGUUUAAAGACUCGACAAAGGGACUGCUGAGGCUUCCGGAGAGCACGGACUCUUUCCUCUACCUGGGAGAAGAGUACGUAGCUACUUGCCAUGCCCUUACCAAAGGGUUCAUCGUGAGCAGCAAGCCUCAUGAGAUUACGUGGUGCACCGUGGGUAAUGCUGAGAAAAAUAAAUGUGACAUGUGGACCUUCAUGAGUGUGGUCGAUCAGAGGAACAUCAGGAUUGAAUGCCAGGAGGGCAAUACUGUCGACGCCUGCAUCAGCAAGAUCAUGCGUAAGGAGGCAGACGCGAUGGCUGUCGAUGGUGGUCAGGUGUAUUCUGCUGGGAAGUGUGGGCUGGUGGUGGCCAUGGUGGAAGAGUAUAGCAAUGAAUCAAAGUGCAGUUCUGGACUCGAUACCUCAUCCUAUUACGCUGUGGCCGUCGUGCGCAAGGCCUCUGGUGUGACCUGGGAAACACUGAUAGGCAGAAAGUCGUGUCAUACCGGUUUGGGACGUACAGCAGGCUGGAACAUUCCCAUGGGGCUCCUCCACAAGGACACCCAAGAGUGCGAUUUCACAAAGUACUUCAGUGAGAGCUGUGCACCGGGUGCAGACCCCGAAUCAAACCUGUGUAAACUGUGCAAGGGGGCUGAAGGUAUCAGGGGGCUAAUAGACAAAUGCAAAGCCAGUACUGCAGAGCGCUAUUACGGCUACGCCGGAGCCUUCAGGUGUUUGGCUGACGGUGCCGGUGACGUGGCCUUUAUUAAGCACAGCACAGUAGCUGAGAACACAGACGGUAAUGGGCCAGCAUGGGCUAAGUCCAUCAAAUCAUCAGACUUCCAGUUCAUCUGCCCCGGAGGCUCUGCUGAAAUUACUGAAUACGAGAAGUGUCAUUUAGCCAAAGUUCCAGCUCACGCCGUCAUCACUCAUCCAGACAAACGAGAUGAGGUGGUGUCGUUCCUCAAGGACCAGCAGGCCAUGCUUGGUCAUUCCAGCUCUUUGUUCAAGUUUAACAUGUUCAAGUCUGAGAGCAAUCCAAACUUACUCUUUAAAGACUCUACUAAAUGUCUCCAAGAAGUUUCAGCAGGAAAAAACUACACAGAAUUCCUGGGUAAAGAAUAUAUAACAACGAUGGACUCUCUGCGUCAGUGUGCCAGCAGUAAGACGGAACUGGAGAAGGCCUGUACCAUCCACUCCUGCCUAAAGAAGUUCUAAAUGUUCUAAAUGCUCCAGUUUGGUCUCAGACAUUCUGUCCUGCAUUGACUUCUGUGUUUGUAGCCAACUGUAGGCAACGGCAACAGCAUCAGCAUUGCCUGGUUUGGGUGGAUGUGUUGUUCAGAGUGUAGCCUUGUAGCUAGGCAAACUUCUCCAGCGGCUUCCUCGAGUCCUUACGCUCAGCUGUGCAACAGUAACGAGCCAUUUUACAGUUCAUUGUUUUGGCUUAUUUAUGCAACGAGGAAGAAUAUUUCAGUGUGAUCGAACGUCGAGGGUCUGUUUAUGAAUAUUAAUGGAUAGAAAACAAUUUGACAGAAAUGAUGCAGAAGUGGAGAGGUGCAGGUUCCUAGACAUUAAAAAAAAAAAACACCUGCAAUUAAUUCAGUUACUUACUGAUUUUUAUUUUUCUGGACAACUUUCUGUACAUUGUUUUUGCUGGUUUUGUCCAGUGUGGUUAUUGUUCAUAUUAUAUUAUUAUAUUAAUAAGCAGUAUUUUAACUUUUAAAACAUUACACACACACACACACACACACACACACACAUAUAUAUAUAUAUAUAUA